GAGAAAAGAAUGGAGAAUGUGGUCCUCACAAACUUUCUUUCUUCUUUCAUCGUCCUCCCAAACUUCACUUUAUUCCCCAACAUGAUCAUCUUCUUCCUCAAAAAUAGCUGGAAAUCUCUCCCCUUCUGUUCUAUUCUCUAAGAUGGAAACAAGCAAAUCUGGAGGAAAGAGGAGUAUGAAGGAUAAGAUGAAGGAAGAAGUAACGGGGGAAGAGGAGGAAGAAGAGGAAGAUGAAGAUGUUGGAGGAUUGGGGUCAGGAGAGGAUGACAAGAAGAAGAAAAUAUAUGGCAGAAAAGGAUCUAGUGGAGGCCAGUCGACACAGCCUUCUUGCCAGGUUGACAAUUGUACCACAGACAUGACCCAUGCCAAGCCAUACCAUCGCCGACACAAGGUCUGUGAAUUUCAUGCUAAGGUUCCAAUUGCAGUGAUUGCCGGACUCCACCAGCGUUUCUGUCAGCAAUGCAGCAGGUUCCAUGAGUUAUCAGAGUUUGAUGACAACAAGAGGAGUUGUCGAAGACGUUUGGCAGGACACAAUGAGCGUCGCCGCAAAAUCUCAUAUGACACUUCUGGAGAAGGAUCAGCCUAAAAACAGAACAAGUAUCCCAAUUAAAUUAUUUCCAGUCAAAUGAAGUCAGCAGAUAUGCAACUAUCUCAGGAAAUGCCUCUUACUGGCACCAUGCUGAUUAGAUCAAGAGCGUACACUUGCAAUUGAUCGGCACGCUCUCUCUCUUCUGUCAGUUCUCAGACUCAUUUCCAAGUAAUUUUUAGUCCCUAAUUAUGUAUGCUCUCUAUCUUCUGUCAAUCCUUGGCUAAUUUGGAAACAGAUUCCUGCCAAUCAGAAAUAUGUACUAGUAUGGCUGUGCUUUGGAAAAAGAAAAACAGCAUCAUGUUUACCAUCAUUCAUAUGCUAUCUUGGUUCAAUUCAGUCCUCGUGUAUCUCUCUGUAUGGACAACCACAUUAUGUUAUGUUGGUUCAAGUUAUAUUUAAAGUCAAUAUCUCUUUGCAUUAUGCCCUUA